CGCCAAUGUUUUACUGUUCGUGUACCUGGGGGAGCGGAAGCGCUUGCCGGAGUGCGUUCUCCCCACUGCUUACCAGCCUCGAGGUCUGUCUCUCUCCGCCGGCUCCUUGGAUCAUCCCAUUUCGAUCCUUCUCUUGUCAAUUUUUUCUCUUCACGCACGGAGAUCGGAUUUUUUUUUCUCUCCGUCUCGGUAAAUUUGUGAUUUUUUUUUUCUUUGAAUCAAGUAAGAUUCUGGUGGGGAAGAAAUUUUGCUCUUUGAUUCCUUGUUUCUGGAUCGAUUUUCUCUCUUUUUGUUACUGGUUUUGUAUAUUCCAUUCACGAUCGUGAUCGGUAUCAAUGGGGAAGAAGGUGAAAAGUAAGGGGCGGAACCCUCGCAGAGUGCCUCCGCGGGCUUCGUCUGGAUCCGUCCAAUCUGAUCCGAGGGCAAGCGAUCCCAAGGAGGAUGCAGAUGGUGGGGAUGUCAUGGAUGGAGAAUCCUGUAGCCACUACAAUAAAGAAAGUGUCCAAUUGAAUCAGGUUCUUCUGGGAAUUUCGUCAUCCAAUGUUGCAUCCGCUUGCGAGGACUGCCGGGAUGAUUCUCCUGCUAGAAUGGGCGGGGGUAAGAAGGGUAAGCCGCAGAAAAAGAGGGAGGUGCAUCUCUUUUGGAUCUGUUUGGAUUGCAAUCGCUGCUUUUGCGGGGGAGCAGUGAAUGAUUCGGUGCCUUACGGCCAUGCCCGCAGGCAUUCGAAGCAGGAGCACCAUGAUCUCAUGGUGAGAUUGGACAAGCCUAGCAGCGGCUGGUGCUUCUCAUGCAAUCUAGCGAUCCAUAUUGAGUUACCAAACGUCUUGGCUGAUGCAGGAGAGACUAAAUCAGUCGGAGAUGAUAAGAGGGUUGAAGUUUUAGAGCCUGAACCUUUGACCUUGCAGGAUGGAAAGGGGUAUGUGAUAAGAGGGUUAUCGAAUCUCGGAAACACUUGUUUCUUUAAUUCAGUGAUGCAGAACCUUCUGGCCAUAGAUUUGCUGAGGCAGUUCAUGGUGAGCUUGAACAGGCCUAUUGGACCACUUACUAUGGCAUUGAAGAAACUUUUCAGCGAAACAAGUAUUGGGGCAACUACUAAAGGUGUAUUGAACCCAAAGAAUAUUUUUGGAUGUAUAUGUUCCAAAGCACCACAGUUUAGAGGCUACCAGCAGCAGGACUGCCAUGAAUUGCUACGUUGCUUGCUUGAUGGUUUGUAUGCCGAAGACAGAAAUGCCAGAAAAGAACAGGACUCUAGUGGUCAAGGCUCUCCAAAUUUGGAGAGUACUUUGGUUGAUAAUAUAUUUGGUGGCCAGCUAUCUAGCACAGUGCGUUGUGUUGAAUGUGGGCAUUCUUCUACAGUUCAUGAACCAUUCCUAGAUUUAUCGCUACCAGUACCUUCAAAGAAGUCAACUUCUAAGAAAGCUCCACCUCCUCCACCUAAAAGGAAGCCACCUCCAAAAGAAAGAAAUAAAAGUAGGAAAUUUCGAGAAAAGACAAGUGCUAGAGGAUCUGUUAUCAUGCCUCAUUGCGGACCAGAAGAAAGAGAUACUUCCUCGGUGGAGUAUUGUGAGUCAUCUGAUCCACCCAAAACAGAAGAAGACAAUAACUGGGACAUUGCUGUACCAGAAACAGCACUAGAUGUUGCUUCAGAAGCAGAGGGUUACUCGUGGAUGGAUUAUCUUGCAGAGCCCACUAUGACAUCAGAUGCUUUAGAGUUGGCUACUCAAUCUUCUAACCUUCCUGAUAGCAGUCAACUAUCCCAGAAUGAAAAUAAAAUUUCCAUUGGUUCAGAAGUAGACGAUUCCUCUAUACAGUUGAAAGCUUCUUCAGAUUCUAACAUUGAUAAUUUUAGCAGAAAUGACACUUCGUCUUCAUGUGUGCAUGAUGCUGGAGUUAUUUUACUUCCUUAUGAAGCACUAGAUUGCACCACUGGUGUCAUGACUGGUGUGACUUCUUCUCAUAGUCCUGAUAACGAGUCAUCCUCUGGAAAUUCAGUGAAGGAACAAAGUGUGCAGGCAGCUGUUGUUGCUAACUCUGUACAGGCGGAAGUUGAAUUUGAUGGAUUUGGUGAUCUAUUUAAUGAACCAGAGGUGACUUCAGAGCUCAAGACUGACACUGGCAUGGCUGAAGAGGCACCUGUGACUCUCUGGGCCAAAAACAGUUGUGAAACUAAUCAGGAAGUGGAUAAUAGUGAAAAUAUUGUUUCAAUUGAAAGUUGUCUAGCAUUAUUUACCAACAUGGAGCUUUUGUCUGAUGAACAUGCAUGGUACUGUGAGCACUGUUCUGAGGCCUUGUCAAGUGAUAUGAUUACUGAUGAGCCAUGCAAGAGUGAUCUUCUACCAACACUAGGCAACACAAAUAUGAUGAAGUUUCAAGAUGAAGGGGAUGAAUGCACAACUGAAAAAAAUUCUCUUGGUUAUCAGGUUAGCGAUCUCCAUUCAACCGGUCUUAGCAAUUUAGGAAACAGAGGGACAGCAUCGGUCAGUGCAGAGACUGAGUUACUCUCAGAAAAGCACAAUUCUGAACAUAAAUUAAAUAUUGGUUGCGGUUCAGAGGAAGUAAAAUUUAAAAAUGAAGCUGCUGGUAACGGCAAAGUUUUACCAGACUAUAUAUUGAAUGAUCAAAUAGAUAAACCAAAUGGGAUCACUGAAGAUCAGGAAUUUGCCGAUUCAAGGCCCGAGCAAAUUGAGAGUGACAAAACUGUAAGUGUCCAGGAAGAAGUUCAAGUUAGUGGACAAGCUCUAGCAGCUACUUUGACUAGCUCCCUACAUGAUAUUGGAGAAAACCUAACGAAUCCUUGCAGAAAUGGCAAACUUGCAAUUACUUUAUGCAAAAAGGGUUCAAAUCUGUCAGGUCAAGCUUGUGCAGCCCAAGAUAUACGGGUAAAAAAAACAGAACCUGCAAAGAAGAAGGUUAAGAGGGAUGCAACUAAAAGGAUUCUGAUCAGCAAAAUACCACCCAUUUUGACAAUACAUUUGAAGAGAUUUAGUCAAGAUGCUCGUGGCCGGUUAAGUAAAUUGAGGGGUCAUGUUCUCUUUCAAGAGAUACUUGAUUUGAGGCUAUAUCUCGAUCCAAGGUGCGAGGAAAAGGAAAACUGCAGCUACUCCCUAUUUGGGGUGGUCGUACACUCUGGGGGCAUGUCUGGCGGUCAUUAUAUUGCAUAUGUGCGAGGUCAAAGGAACAGCGGGAAAGCAAGGAAGGAUGUAAAUUCAUCCUCCUGGUUUUAUGCUAGUGAUGCACACAUCAGAGAGGCUGCAUUGUCUGAAGUCCUUCAGUCUGAAGCUUACAUUCUGUUCUACGAGAAGAUGUAAUUGUCGAUUAUUUUAAACUUUCGAAAAUCCUCAUGAAGCAGGCGAAAACAUUGGGAACUAUACAAACUCGCCAUGUGGAGAGUGCAAUCCAUGGGGCAGGCAGUCUAAGGAUUCUCAUGCGCUAUUGGUAUGCGACCAAUUGCACUCAAAACUCUGCUGAGAAGAAACUGUGGUGGAUUGGCUUCUUGGUGCCACAAGUUUUCCCGGGCGCAUCACUUGAAAGAAUUGUUCUUGUUUGAGAUAUUCAGUAUACUUUGCACCCCCACAUUUGGGAGGAUGCUUUAAAUCUCAAGGUUUUUAUUCAUGAAUUAUAUACAUUUUGAAUACCAAUUUGCGCUGAAUAGCUGGUUCAUUGUAUAACCUGAAAAGCUUGUAGAGAUUUGUUUCGAUGGAUCGCUUUUUUGCCACUGAAUAAAACUUGUAUUAAUCUAGUCGUAGCAUGAAA